CUGGGAAAUUUUUGAAUAGCUGCACAACUGGCGGCUUCUAAAAAAGGGCUCAGUUCUAUGGAGUUAGUUAAAGGUUUCACAUUAAAAACUAUUUUUAGAAUGAUAAAUUUAGAAUAUAAGCUGAACUAGACCAGGUCGUGUUAUGGGGACAUUGUUACAUGAAGAUUAAAAUGCAUGUGUGUAAACUGGAAUUUGAACCUUGGUACUUACUACGUUAUCUCUUAAUUUAUAGGCGCACCUGUCAUGUAGUUAUAUUAUCAUAUCACAUUAAUAUAAUUUUGUGUAAAAAGUAAUUAAAACGUGUCUCUACCUUUCAUUUCAACAUUUCAGACGAUAAGAAUGACACUUUGGAUUAUAUUUGACAAGAUGAUAAGUGUAUAUUGAAUCAACUCAUCUAAUCUGUUCUGAGAAGAUAACAGUUCCUGCUGCCUAUGCUUCAGUAAACUUUACUUGCCAUUUAGAUUCCGCUGAGAAGAAUAAUGCGCUUCAAGUUUGCGUAGUGUCCGCAAUUGAAAGGAAGAAUGGAAGAGCCUUCACAGAAGAUACUGGAUUUUCUGAAGAAUGUGGCCCUGUUCACCUGUCCACUAGUUGCAUAUGUCUUGCUAUUUAAAAGCACACAAAGAGCCGGACGUCAGCAAGGUUACUACAGCAUACCAGGCUGGAAUUUUUUCCUGAAGAAAUGGUGGGUGCAGUGGAAAUUGAGGCAGUUGCAGCCACAGCCGCAGCUUCAGUCUCCACUUGCUGCUUUUAUAGUAAGCCAGGGGGAUGAAGACAGAGAGAAGCUCCAGACACUUGUGAAGGAGCACGAGGUGGACAGCUUGACAAUACGUGGAACAGAUCACAAAGGUAAUGCUAUAUGUCUGAGGGUCACCAGAAAGCGGCACAAUAUUACUGAAGUCUGGCUCCAUGUCCAGCUGGAAGAUGGGUCUGUGUACCAGCUUCCAGAGCACCCAGACACUGUUCUGCAGGGUGACAACAGAACAUCCUGGAGUGGUGGAGGGCUCAAAUUUAAGAUGUGUGAGCCAAUGCGCAUUUGGAGAAUCACAUUCAAUGGGUUGCUUAGACGUGGGGUGAAGGAGAAGAGGAACAUGGAGGACAAUGAAAAUGAUAGAAUUCAUCAUGUCCAGUUCCGAUUUAUAUGGACAUGCUGUAGUGAUGUAAUUGACAUACAGAGAGACUGGAGCACAGCUCUGAUUUCUGAUGCUUUAGCCAGAGAACCGUGGAGAAAUGGAAACUGGAUGAAAAUGAGGAAACAGCUAGGAGAGGGAUAUGACCAGUGGGGCACUCUUCAAGGUACAUGGACUCUGGUGAGUGAUGGCAGUACUACAAGAGAAUUAUACCUAAGAGGUAUCAGACAAAGACGUUAUGGAACUGAUGAUGCUGUGUGGCAACGCAGAGCUGUGAGCUAUGUUGGAGUGACUACAGACGGAUCGAUGUUUAGUAUUGAGGCAAGAUGCAACAAUAAGCCAGGCAUUACACAUGCAAUUUUUGGACAUGUUUAUCAGCCAAAUGGAUGCCAAGCAUCAGUAUAUUCAUGUGAUCUCUCUCUACCAAACCUUGGGGAACAUUCUGACUCCAUACCUCAACAUGUUAUGCUACGAUUUUCAGCUGGAAGAAAGAACUACACAGCGAGUCUUCACACCCUACCUAAUAAUAUCCCUACUCUCUAUGGAGGUCGUCCAUGGACUUAUGAAGCUGGCAUAUUUUUAUUCCGAUGUACUCUCAAUGACAAGCAGGGAGCUGGAACGGCUGUCUUUUGGUACAGGUACUCUGGUCCAUCUCCAGCAGUUAUGCCACUUUCAUUACCUAUUUUGAAAGAGCCACACCUCAGAACUGAAAAUCUCUUCCCUUUGGUAGUAGAUUUAAAGGAUAGAGAGUGCAGCUGCAGUGCACUGGUUGGAGGAAAAGGAUCGGCCCUUGCACUCAUGACUUCUCUUGACAAAAACCAGUUGUCAGCUGUAAUUCCCCCUGGCUUCUGUGUCACAGUGGCAGCCCUGGAAAUGCAGAUGCAACAGAAUAGUCAACUGCAAGGUGCUGUGGCAGCACUGCAAUUUGAGUGCUCUGCAGGCAGAGAACUUGGUGUUAUUCAGGAGCAGUGCACCAAAACCGUGGCUUUGUUUGAAUCCACUGCUGUGUGUGAGGCUGUUAGCUGUGAAGUCUCUAGCCAUCUCCAAAACCUGCUGGACUCUGUGUGUGAGCCACAUCUAUUUGCAGUAAGAUCUUCAGCUGUGGGUGAAGACACUGAAGAUUUAUCUUCAGCUGGACAGAAUAAAACACUACUUGGGGUGUGUGGUGAACUUACAAACUUACUGGAAGCCAUUCAGAGCUGUUGGGCAUCACUCUACUCAUUGCAGUCGGUCCAGUACAGAAGGCAAUUUGGGCAGCCAGUGCAGGUUGGAAUGGGUAUUGUGGUGCAACAAAUGGUACCAGCAGACAGUGCAGGUGUAUUGUUUACUUGGCACCCCUCAACUGGAGACCCACGUCAGAUGCUCAUCACAGCCAAUUUUGGACUGGGAGAAAGUGUGGUAUCGGCACAGGUGGAGCCUGACACAGUUGUCCUAGAGAGGGAUAGAACGGGUAGAGUAGUGCCGAAGGAGAGCAUAUGUGGCAAUAAGGGGCACAGAGUCAUCAUGUCAGCAAAAGGUGGCCUCAUGGCAGAACCUCUGCAGAAUGAAAAGGGCUCUCAGCUCUGCCUUACAGAGGAAGAAGCUUUGAGAGUGGGUCGCCUGGGGUUGCAACUGGAGCAGAUGUUCGGAGGCCCCAGGGAUAUAGAAUGGGCAAUUUCAAAUGGUCAAAUCUACUUGCUACAAUCUCGGCCAAUCACAUCAUUUGAUUCGUGGUCAAAGUUUGAGCUUCUUCAUGAGUUUGAUGAUCCCAUCAUCACUGACACAGAAUUCCUAACAACAGCAAAUACAGGGGAGGUUUUUCCAGGCCUUAUGACUCCAUUAACUCAGUCAGUAACACGUCGUGCAGCAGACCUUUCAGUGCGACACCAGUUCCCAGAUAGACCGGGAUAUUAUUAUUCUGCGAAUGUUAUUACUGCCAGUUAUCACGCCAUGUUCAACGUUUUUAAUUCAUUGCUCGUAUCAGUGGGUUCAGAAGUUACACUGGGAGAAAAAGUUGUUGACUUGGCAUUGUAUGGCCACCCAGUGACAACCCUGGAACUUCUCCAACUUUCUGCAGAGAGGAAUGGGGUAGUGGGAUCACUAGGCAAGCUUUAUGUUGUGCUGGACAUGGUGAAGAACACAUUAUUCAGAAAACAAGUUUUGCAACAGGCUGAGAAGUUAACUCAUGAAUUUUUGCUGGACUGUCAGAGCUACAACAAAGCUGAGGAUCUGUAUUCUUGUAUUUCAAACAGUUUUAAAUAUCUGGAUGAGGUCAGCAACUGCCAUGGUAAAUCAUCAAAAAUCAGUGUGUUCACUCAAGUGAUAGCUGUCUCUAUACUAACUGAAGGACGUGAAGAGCUAACUGCAGAGCACUACAGUGACAUGGGACUCCUACUGUCUUCCUGCUCUGACUUGGUUUCAGCAGGGAUACCAGUAGCUCUAGAGGAUCUUGCAUCAUCAAUUAUUGCAACUGACAAAGCACGUGACUUCUGCACAGUUUUACCAUCUGAGGCUGUUCACUGGCUAGAAGAGAACUACCCCAGUGUGGCCACCAAGCUGCAGAGGUUUUUGGACAAGUAUGGACAUCGCUGCAUCAAGGAAUUUGAAUUGAUGACUGAGACAUGGGGAAUGAACCCUGAGAUCCUAUUGAAGACUCUUCAAACAAUGGUGCAAAAUGCAGUCACAGACAAGUUUCAGAAAACAACCACCAAACAAGUCACAGAUAAAGAAUUACUAUUGCAGCUCAAGACAGUGAAGAAACAUGGUACCAGGGUGGUUCUGGGUUGGCUGCUACCACUAUGUCGCAGUGCAGUGUGGCAACGAGAAGCUAAUAAAGACUGUUAUAUCACAAUAAUCCACCAAUUAAGAUUGGCAUACCGACACUUGGCACAGCUCAUGGUGAAAGAGGGACGCAUUCCAGAUGCUCAACUUAUGUUCUUCUUCACCCACUAUGAGCUAGGAGUGCUCCUACAAACAAGGGAUCCUGUUCUUAUAACUAAGGCCUUGCACCGCAGGAGAUACCAGCAUGAGUGGAAACAACUUGCUUUUCCAGAGAUAAUUAGAGGAUUGCCUGUUCCUGUGUCUAAGGAACCCUUGAAGGCCUCAGGAGGGUCUGGAACUGUAGGGGUUCGACUGCAGGGAACACCUGUGUGCUCUGGCACAGUAAUGGGGCGAGCAUGUGUAGUGAGAAGCCUGGAGCAAAUUGGAGAGUUGACACAUGGUGACAUCCUCAUAACACACAGCACUGAUGUUGGCUGGAGCCCAUAUUUUCCCCUUCUUGAAGGAGUUGUCACUGAACUUGGUGGACUUAUUUCACAUGGUGCAGUAGUGGCCCGUGAGUAUGGCCUUCCAUGCAUUGUAGGCUGUCAGGAUGCUACAAGAAUCUUCUCAACAGGGGACACUGUUCUUCUUGUGGGGGCCAUGGGAACUGUGGAGAGGAUUAACAAGUAUAAGGAUCAGAAAGCAACUGCUUCGGACUGAAGUUACUUUAGUGUUGUUUCAACUUUUCUUCUUAUAAUACUGUCUUCUAGGAUAUGAUGCCUUUUUAGCGUGGUAUAUCAUUGAUAUAUAUUUACUCUUUUUACCUGAAAAUGGAGGUAGUAGUUUCAGAGAUACAUGAUGUCUCAAUCUGCCCUGAAAAUGGAACUCUCAUGUUGAUGUACAUAGAUUUGGAGGUAUGCUACUGUUACCAGGUGAUAUUUUGUGGUGACUGUUGAGAAGUGAUUUAAUGUACAACAUAUUUUAUUAGUACAAAUAUUGAACAUUUACAUGUAAAUAAUGUUAAUAUAAGUAAUGUCAUUCAUGUUA